GGGCGGCAAAUGUUCAAUUGUGUGUUUGGGGGAGGGGGGUGGGGGGCUGCCAGAAGAGCUUGGCUGACCAAUCACGUGACCGGACGAGCGGGUAACACGCCGAACACCCAGGUGAGGUCAAAGUCUGCCUGGGCAAAAUAUCGAUCAAUAUUUAGUCCGAUAUUGAAUGUUGAUUUUCAUGUAGUGUAAUAUAUAUUUAUAAUUCGUGUCUUUCAUUUGCAACACUAGCAGACAAAGUGAGAGGAUGCAGUUGCCAUGGCGACCCUGCCUGCGCGUAUCCUGGCCCGCGAUUGGCUGAUUGGGGGGUGGGGGGGGUGAGUAGGCGGGGAGCUGAACCUGCUGCUGACCUUCAUCAUCAUCACCAUCAUCUUCCUCCCAUCCCUGACCCUCGCCCCGCCGGGUCGCCAUGGCAACAGUCAUUUGCACUCGUUUCACUGAGGAGUAUCAGCUGUACGAGGAGCUGGGAAAGGGUGCGUUCUCGGUGGUGCGCCGCUGCGUGAAGGUUUUGUCCGGUCAGGAGUUCGCCGCCAAGAUCAUCAACACCAAGAAGCUGUCGGCCCGAGAUCAUCAAAAGUUGGACCGCGAAGCUCGAAUUUGUCGCCUGCUCAAGCACCCCAACAUCGUGCGCCUUCAUGACAGCAUCUCGGAGGAGGCUCAUCAUUACCUCAUCUUUGACUUGGUGACAGGUGGCGAAUUGUUCGAGGACAUCGUCGCCAGAGAAUAUUACAGCGAAGCUGACGCCAGCCACUGCAUCCAGCAAAUUCUGGAGGCGGUGCUUCACUGUCACCAGAUGGGCGUCGUCCACCGAGACCUGAAGCCGGAGAAUCUGCUACUGGCCUCCAAGUCCAAGGGGGCGGCGGUCAAGCUGGCCGACUUUGGGCUCGCCAUCGAAGUGGAGGGCGAGCAGCAGGCCUGGUUUGGCUUCGCAGGGACUCCUGGAUAUCUUUCUCCCGAAGUUCUUCGGAAGGAUCCUUACGGGAAAGCCGUCGACCUCUGGGCCUGUGGUCAGAUUCCAUCCGUCGCUGCCUUGUCUCCUUCACUCCGCCACUCCUCUCCUUGUCUCCUCUGCUCUUCUCCUCGUUGCUUUUACUCCCUCACUCCUUUCCUACUUUUACCACUUUGUGCUUUCCUUCUCUUUAUCUCCUCGACUCUUCUCUGUGUUUAUGUUGUUCUCUCUGUUCAUCUCCUUCUUUCCUCCACUUGUCUUCUUGUUUCCUCUCCUCAGGUGUGUCCUGUCUCCUGGCGUGUGUCUUUUGUGUCCUCAGGUGUGAUCCUGUACAUCCUUCUGGUGGGCUAUCCUCCCUUUUGGGAUGAAGACCAGCACCGUCUGUAUCAGCAAAUCAAAGCCGGAGCGUACGACUUCCCGUCCCCCGAGUGGGACACGGUGACCCCCGAGGCCAAAGAUCUCAUCAACAAGAUGUUGACCAUCAAUCCGGCCAAACGCAUCUCAGCCGCCGAGGUCCUCAAACACCCUUGGAUCUCUCAUCGCUCCACGGUGGCGUCCUGCAUGCAUCGACAGGAGACGGUGGAAUGUCUGAAGAAGUUUAACGCCCGCCGCAAGCUCAAGGGCGCCAUCUUGACGACCAUGUUGGCCACCCGCAACUUCUCGGGAGGAAAGAGCGGCAACAAGAAGACGGACGGCGUCAAGGAGUCGUCAGAGAGCACAAACACCACCAUUGAGGAUGAGGACACUAGAGUGAGGAAGCAGGACAUCAUCAAAGUGACGGAGAUGCUGAUCGAGGCCAUCAGUAACGGCGACUUUGAGAGCUACACCAAGAUGUGCGACCCGGCCGUGACGGCGUUCGAGCCGGAGGCGCUGGGGAACCUGGUGGAGGGCCUGGACUUCCAUCGCUUUUACUUUGAAAACUUGUGGUCCAAGAAUAGCAAGCCGGUGCACACCACGAUCUUGAACCCUCACAUCCACCUGGUGGGCGAGGAGGCGGCGUGCAUCGCGUACAUCCGCGUCACUCAGUACAUCGACGCCAACGGGACGCCACGCACCGUCCAAUCGGAGGAGACCAGGGUGUGGCACCGCCGCGACGGCAAGUGGCAGAUUGUCCACUUCCACCGCUCGGGCUCGCCCUCCACGCUCAGCAACUAACGUCCUGUGUGGGCGGUCCUUGGACGAGGUCAUCGUCGCCACGACAACCGAUUGAUUGACAGCAGGCCAGUCACGUCGACAAACAGGAAGAGGAGGAGCCCAGGGCGGGGCCAAAGCACAACGACCCCUUCAUUGUCUGUCCCUGACAAAUCCGACCACCCCUUUUUUUUUUUCUUCAGCCACGCCCCCUUGUGAACUCUUUGAUCUGUUUUCAUGUGACUAAAUUGACUGGACGCCUCCCUCACCGCAUGCGUCACAGUGCCCCCCUGUGGCUGGAGGGCUUAUAGCUUAGCCUAGCUGGUGCAAAGUGGAUUGUAUAUUUAUUGAAUGUAAACAGACUCGAGGUGACUGGUGCGUGCGUGUGUUUGUUGCUAGCUAACCAGCAGGGGGCGCUAUGACAGAGCCCGGUUGUUGUUGUUGUUGUGGCAAUUGGUUCCAUCCAGACGCUUCCUUUGUCUCCGACCUUGCGAGCUUCCAUACACAUCUGCACUUAAACUCCGCCCCAUCAGGGGUCUGCUGCCUCCAGGCCCCGCCCCCUCCAUUACAUGUGGGAGGAGUCUAACAUACUUAGGAUGUAGUAAUAAUUUUUUUUUAAAUUUGAUGUCUUUGCCAGGGUUUUUUAGCUCGUUAGUUCGAUUGAAGCGCUUGAAUGAUCAAUUAGCUGCUUCUUCUCCUGUGUGUGCGUGUGUUAGUGAAAGUUUGUGCUUGUGUGUGCAUGCACGUCUGUCUGCGAGACCCUCCCAGAUGUGUGUGUGAUGAUGUGUUUGUGUGUGUGUGUGUGUGUGGGUGUUAGUGCAGGUGUGUCUGUGUCCCCGUGUGUGCGUGUGUUCUCCUUCUGCUUUCUAUUGCAUGCGUUUGACUUUGACAAGCAACUUCCUGUUUGGAGCUUUGUAGUCAUGUGACUUUUGGCUCGUUUACAUCCAAGCAGACAAAUGUUUUUGUUCUUUUUUUUUUUUUUC